AACUCCUCAGAGAUGCCGGAGACCAUCACCAGCCGCGACGCUGCUCGUUUCCCCAUCGUUGCCAGCUGCACCCUUCUGGGGCUCUACCUCUUCUUUAAAAUAUUCUCUCAAGAGUACAUCAACCUUCUGCUUUCCAUGUAUUUCUUCGUGCUGGGGAUCCUCGCCCUGUCCCACACCAUCAGCCCCAUGAUGAACAGAUUCUUCCCUGCAAAUUUCCCCAACAAACAGUACCAGCUCCUCUUCACCGAGGGCUCCGGGGAGAGCAAGGAGGAAAUAGUGAAUUACGAGUUUGACACCAAGGAUCUCGUGUGCCUGGCCCUGAGCAGUGUCGUGGGGGUCUGGUACCUGCUGAGAAAGCACUGGAUUGCCAACAACCUCUUUGGGCUGGCGUUCUCCCUCAACGGGGUGGAGCUGCUGCACUUGAACAAUGUCAGCACAGGCUGCAUCUUGCUCGGGGGCCUCUUCAUCUACGACGUCUUCUGGGUCUUUGGCACCAAUGUGAUGGUGACAGUUGCCAAAUCGUUUGAGGCCCCGAUAAAAUUGGUUUUCCCUCAGGACCUGCUGGAGAAGGGGCUGGAAGCCGACAACUUUGCCAUGCUGGGUCUGGGAGACAUUGUCAUUCCAG